AUGAGUAUACUGAUUUAACGUUUAGAAGAGAUCUCAUAUCAAGAUAUUUCAUAGACUACUAACUUUAAUGAAGAUAGUUACAUUUUUAAACUCAGUGAUGAUGAAUUGAUGUUUGAGGGUGACCAUUCACCGCCAUAAUUUUUAAGAUCAAGUAAUUUACUUUCUCAAGAGAAGGAGAGAAAUGAGACAUAAUAAUUCAUUAAAAUUUAGCAGAAUAAUAAUAACACAAAAUCUGAUAAUGUUUAACCUUUAACAGAGUAGCAUUUAGGUUCCUAUACUAAUUUUGAUCACAAAAGUUAAGCAUUUUCUGACUAUGUGGUCAAAAAAUAAGUUUAAGAAAACAUUGAUAAAAAUUAGCUCAUUUGA